GCGGAGGAGGAGGAGGCUCCCGUCGGCCUCCGGCAGGACUGACGGCGGCGCGGCCGCUGGCGGGACCUUAUUUCUGAGAAGUGCCAUAGAUUGAAAAAUCAAAAAUGAGGGUAGCAGGAGCUGCAAAGUUGGUGGUGGCUGUCGCAGUAUUUGUAUUGACAUUUUAUGUUAUUUCUCAAGUAUUUGAAAUUAAAAUGGAUGCAAGCUUAGGAAAUCUAUUUGCUCGAUCCGCGCUGGACUCAGCCACUCGCUCUACGAAGCCUCCCAGGUACAAAUGUGGAAUCUCAAAAGCAUGCCCUGAGAAGCAUUUUGCUUUUAAAAUGGCCAGUGGAGCGGCCAACGUCGUGGGGCCCAAAAUCUGCCUAGAAGACAAUGUUUUGAUGAGUGGUGUUAAGAACAAUGUUGGAAGAGGAAUAAAUGUUGCCUUGGUAAAUGGGAAAACAGGGGAGGUGCUAGACACCAAAUAUUUUGACAUGUGGGGAGGAGAUGUGGCACCGUUCAUUGAGUUUCUGAAGAACAUACAAGAUGGAACAGUAGUGUUAAUGGCAACAUACGAUGAUGGAGCAACCAAACUUACUGAUGAGGCGAGGAGGCUCAUUGCUGAGCUGGGUAGUACGUCCAUCACUAGUCUUGGUUUUCGAGACAACUGGGUCUUCUGUGGUGGGAAGGGCAUUAAGACAAAAAGCCCCUUUGAACAGCACAUAAAGAACAAUAAGGAUACAAACAAGUACGAAGGAUGGCCUGAGGUGGUCGAGAUGGAAGGAUGCAUCCCCCAGAAGCAAGACUGAAGGGAGUGUGGAGAAGAGAGGAACGCACUUUGACCCUGAAGGAGAGCUGGGAAGCAGCCGCUCCGUGUACAUAUUUUAGUAGCAUGCGGCCGUCCAGGGUAUGCAUGAGCCAGAUCGUCUCUGUCGGUUCCAGGAUUAUUUAUUGCUAACAUAAAUGGCUACCUUUGUAAAUAGUCCUCAUACUGAACAAAUCGCUGAGCCAUUUUUAAGCACAGUUCCCCUAAAAGUAUAAUGUUUAGAUUUGAGUGGCAAUAAUGGACUUUAAUUCUAAAAGCAUAUUCAGUGGGUAACCAGGCAGGUUGUAUAGGCAUUGAUUUCUAUUCUGGUUGCUGUGAAACUAUCAUGGAGAAACAUGGCUUUUAGGGAGGGAAUUUUGUUCGUACAUAUGUCUCUGUAUAAAUACCUGGCAUGUGAUGACAGUAUCCUUUAAAUUAAGGAGAUUUUGGGCUACUUGUAUGUGUAAUGUUAUUUUAUAGCCUGACUUCUGGUGUUCUUUUCAUAGUCUUUAUUUUUCCUUCCAAGGAAACCAAGAAAUAAGAUAUUUCACAUGAAAAUUUUCAUCAGAUUUGUGAAAAGCACAACAUUUUUUUUUAAUACAUUGAAAAUGAACAUUAAUGUAGGUGUCAUUUGGGGCUCAUCUUCUAGAGUUUGUGUUAAUGUGAAUUAUAUGAUUUUGUAUAAGCUGUUUAGAGUAACCCUAGAGGUGGGAGAGAACCAGAGAACCAGGCCAAGUCCCUUCCUCAACCUAAUCAGGUCACUCAAGACAGCUGGGUUAGUGAGUUAGGGGGAUGCAGACAUUCGUCUACUUUGCUACCUUCAUUGACCACGUGGUCUUAGAAGAGGAAUUCUUUGCUCUCAUGGCUUUGAUUUGUAAAUCAAGAAAUUCUGUUAUUUACUUCUAACUUCAUAAUAACAACUGUUGCCUGCAAUUGUAGCAGAAUUUUUGAAAAGUUCUAAUUACUUGGGCACUAAAUACCCAUCAUAUGCAACAUAUGUGGAAAUGCUUAAAAUGCAUCAUAAGCAAAAGCAGCUCUCAGGCUGCCCAUCAUGGGAUGUGGCAGCACUUAAAAUCUGAACCUAAAAUUUAGGUGGUUGGUAUAAAAAUCAAAAAGCAGUAUUUGCUAUUUUGUUAAAAGCUGGAAGCAGUUCAGAUAUUUCUUGACUAUUACUGACCUUGUGGUACUGUUUCUUCCCACAAACUGAAUGCAGUAGUUUAUCAGGAGACACAUCUUCUAUGUUCAGACAAGUUUUGUACACUUUUAAGACUUCUGGUGCUUCUAUAUCCAUAUCCAUAUAACUCAUAUCCAGCAUGUAUGUCUUGACAUGUAAAAUAUUUCCCUUGGGGUUGGGGAUUUAGCUCAGUGGUAGAGCACUUGCCUAGCAAGCGC